CCAAUUUAUCCUUGUGGAAUUUGUCAUAAAGAAGUCCAUGAAAAUGAUCAGGGUAUUUUGUGUGAAAGUGGAUGUAAUUUUUGGUUUCAUCGAACAUGCACAGGACUUACAGAGCCAGCUUUUAAAAUGUUAACUCAAGCUAUCUAUGCUGAAUGGGUUUGUGAUAAAUGUUGGAACACGAAAAAUAUUCCUGUGGUUAAA